CACUUUCCUUAAUUUUCGACUCUCUCUCUCUCACUCUCCCCCGUUUCCAAAGUCUUCCCAUUUUCCAUGUUUUUUUUUUUUUUUGGUUUCUCCCUUUCUCUCUCUAUAUCUCUAGAACAGGAUCAACCUAAUUCUCCGAUUCCCAAAAAACAGGAUUAUAAUCACGUAUAGAGGCAGAAAGGAGGAGUUUUUUUUUUUUUUUUUUUUUUUUUUGAUCGUUAUUUGGGAAUGGGGAGCUAUAAUUAUUACAAAAUGUUGGGUUUUUUCAACCGGAAAUUCAAGAUUAGCGAGAGGGAGCCUCCGCCGGACGUGAGGGAUGCGUUUUCUCAGUACGCCGUGAAUGGACCCCACAUGAACGCCGAGCAGCUGGCCCGGUUUCUGGUGGAGUACCAGGGGGAGGAGGGCCGCACCGCCGACGAUGCGGCGGAGAUCAUCCAAAAAAUUCACCACCGCCGCCAGCAUUUGGCUAAGCACAACCACCUCUAUCUUGAUCUCGACGGCUUCUUUGAAUACCUCUUCCAGGAUGACCUCAAUGGACCUCUCAAUACUCAGGUAUCGAAUGAUAUGAGUGCCCCGUUGCAGCAUUACUUCAUAUAUACCGGUCACAACUCGUAUCUAACGGGGAAUCAACUUAGCAGCCGGUGCAGUGAAAAACCGAUUAUCAGAGCUCUUGAAAGAGGUGUGAGGGGGAUAGAAUUGGAUUUAUGGCCAAAUUCGGCAAAAGAUAACAUUCAUGUUCUUCAUGGAAGGACCCUAACGACCCCGGUGACAUUAUACAAAUGCUUGGAAUCGAUUAAAAAUCAUGCUUUUGUGAAAUCUCCUUAUCCGGUUAUAAUUACUUUGGAAGAUCAUUUGACGCCUGAGCUUCACUCUAAAGCUGCAGAGAUGCUUACUGAAGUGUUGGGGGAAAUGCUUUACUACCCGGAGUCUGGAUGCUUGGAAGAAUUGCCUUCGCCUGAAGAGUUAAAGCACCGUAUUCUUCUUUCAACUAAAGCGCCCAAAGAAUACCUUGAGUCGAGGCAGCAGAACGAGAAAGAAGCCCCCGCCUCUCCAUCGGGGAAAGAGUCGUCAGAAGAUGAGUCUUCGGUGAAAGAGACAACAGAAAAUGAAGGCGAGAGGAUCAAUUCUGGUCCCGGUGAGGAAUGUAGCGAGGCCUCCACAAGCCAACCGGGGGGAACUGAGUGUCCCGAGGCUGAGAAAACCAAUGCUGAACAACGGGAUUGUGUCGAGGCCGAGAAAACCAAUGCUGAACAACUUGAUCGUGUUGAGGCCGAGAAAACCAACGCUUCUGAGGCCGAGAAAACCAAUGCUUCUGAGACCGAGAAAACCAAUGCUGAACAACAGGAUCGUGUUGAGGCCGAGAAAACCAAUGCUGAACAACUAGAUCGUGUUAAGGCCGAGAAAACCAAUGCUUCUGAGGCCGAGAAAACCAAUGCUGAACAACAGGAUCGUGUUGAGGACGAGAAAACCAAUGCUGAACAACAGGAUAGUGUUAAGGCCGAGAAAACCAAUGCUUAUGAGGCCGAGAAAACCAAUGCUGAACAACAGGAUAGUGUUAAGGCCGAGAAAACCAAUGCUUAUGAGGCCGAGAAAACCAAUGCUGAACAACUGGAUCGUGGUGAGGCCGAGAAAACCAAUGCUUCUGAGGCCGAGAAGACCAAUGCUGAACAACAGGAUCGUGUUGAGGCCGAGAAAACCGAUGCUUCUGAGGCCGAGAAAACCAAUGCUGAACAACAGGAUCGUGUUGAGGCUGAGAAAACCGAUGCUGAACAACAUGAUCGUGGUGAGGCUGAGAAGAAAACCGAUGCUGAACAGCAGGAUCGUGGUGAGGCUGAGAAAACCGAUGCUGAAACACAGGAUUCUGAGAGGGCCAAGAAUGAUCCGGGUGAUGAAGGCGGUGAUGCUUCCACUCAAAGUGCUUUACGGUCAGGAGGAACCGAGUACAAGCGUUUGAUCGCAAUUCGUGCUGGAAAAGCAAAGCAAGGCGUGAGGCAAGCCUUAACAACAGCACAAGAAAAAGUAAAGCGUCUUAGCUUGAACGAGGGAGAUCUUGAAAAGGCAGCAGCCUCAUUUGGAACUGACGUUAUCAGGUUUACACAAAAGAGUAUUCUGAGGGUGUUCCCUAAGGGAACCCGGGUCACAUCAUCAAACUUUAAGCCUAUGCUUGGAUGGAUGCACGGAGCUCAAAUGGUCGCCUUCAAUAUGCAGGGAUACGGGAAAUCACUAUGGUUGAUGCACGGGAUGUUUAGAGCAAACGGGGGUUGUGGGUAUGUGAAAAAACCUCAGUUUCUCAUCGAAAGAGGACCAGAAGACGAGGUUUUUGAUCCUAAAGUAGCAGUAGUACCAUUGAAGUUUACAUUAAAGGUGACCGUUUACUUGGGCGAUGGAUGGCGUCUAGAUUUCAGCCACACCCACUUCGAUGCAUUUUCACCACCCGAUUUCUACACCAAGCUUUUCAUCGUUGGGGCGCCUGCAGACUGUGCCAAGAGGAAGACAAGAAUCAUCGAGGACGACUGGGGACCCAUCUGGGGAGAAGAGUUUGAGUUCCCCUUGACAGUCCCGGAGAUGGCUCUGCUUAGGAUUGAGGUACGAGAAUAUGACAUGUCUGAGAAAGAUGAUUUCGGAGGCCAGACAUGCCUGCCUGUCUCGGAAUUGAGACCCGGGAUUCGCUCAGUUCCUCUGCACGACAAAAAAGGCGAGAAACUCAAAUCCGUAAGGCUGCUCAUGCGGUUUCAGUUCAUAUGAUCUGUUGAAACGACAGUCGCCCUUCUCCACGAGACUCCCACAAACCUGCAGUUUUUUGUAUAGCAUUUUGAUCUGAUGAUCUAAGAGAGAGCUUCAGCCUUGAAUGUGGGAUGACUGCUUUCUUAGCUGAGCUAAACAACUUCAGAACUCUACUAACACAACCAUGAAUGUAUCAUUUCAUUAAACUGUCAAAGGAUUGAGUAAUGAAUAUAUUAGUUUGAAUUAAGAAUUUUAUAAGGUUGUC